ACGACGAUAACAGCAUUAUCGCCCUGUCAGAGGCUACGAUGGACACACUGCAGCUCUUCCGUGGCGAUACGGUUCUGGUCCGUGGAAAGAAGCGCAAGGACACCGUCCUUAUCGUCCUCGCGGACGACGAGCUCGACGAUGGUAGCGCCCGCAUCAACCGUGUUGUUCGCCACAACCUUCGGGUCAAGCAUGGCGAUAUGAUCACCAUUCACCCCUGCCCCGAUAUCAAAUACGCUAAGCGGAUCGCGGUCCUCCCCAUCGCCGACACCGUCGAGGGUAUCACCGGCUCUCUUUUCGAUGUUUUCCUCGCCCCUUACUUCCGGGAAGCUUAUAGGCCCGUGCGCCAAGGAGACCUCUUCAUAGUACGUGGAGGCAUGAGGCAAGUGGAGUUCAAAGUGGUCGAGGUCGAUCCUCCAGAGUACGGUAUAGUUGCCCAGGACACAGUCAUCCACUGCGAAGGCGAUCCUAUUGAGCGCGAUGAGGAGGAGAACAACCUGAACGAGGUUGGCUACGACGAUAUUGGUGGCUGCCGCAAGCAGAUGGCUCAGAUUCGUGAGAUGGUAGAGCUUCCUCUCCGUCACCCGCAGCUGUUCAAGUCCAUCGGUAUCAAGCCCCCGAGAGGUGUUCUGCUAUACGGUCCCCCUGGUACCGGUAAGACUCUCAUGGCUCGUGCUGUUGCGAACGAGACCGGUGCGUUCUUCUUCCUCAUCAACGGCCCUGAGAUCAUGUCCAAGAUGGCCGGUGAGUCCGAAUCGAAUCUGCGCAAGGCUUUUGAGGAAGCCGAGAAGAACUCUCCCGCCAUCAUUUUCAUCGACGAAAUCGACUCGAUCGCUCCCAAGCGUGAGAAAACGAACGGUGAAGUUGAGCGUCGUGUCGUCUCUCAGCUCCUCACUCUGAUGGACGGCAUGAAGGCUCGCUCCAACGUCGUUGUGAUGGCCGCCACCAACCGUCCCAACUCGAUCGAUCCUGCCCUGCGCCGUUUCGGCCGUUUCGAUCGCGAGGUCGACAUUGGUAUCCCUGACCCCACAGGCCGUCUUGAGAUCCUCCAGAUCCACACGAAGAACAUGAAACUUGGUGAUGAUGUCGAUCUGGAGCAGAUCGCGUCUGAGACGCACGGUUAUGUCGGUUCCGAUGUGGCCGCCCUGUGCUCGGAGGCUGCCAUGCAACAAAUCCGCGAGAAGAUGGAUCUGAUCGAUCUUGAUGAGGACACCAUCGAUGCCGAGGUUUUGGAUUCUCUUGGUGUAACCAUGGAGAACUUCCGCUUUGCCCUUGGGGUGUCCAACCCCUCUGCACUCCGCGAGGUCGCUGUUGUCGAGGUUCCCAACACCCGCUGGGAAGACAUUGGUGGUCUCGAGGGCGUCAAGCAGGACCUCCGCGAGUCCGUUCAGUACCCCGUCGAUCAUCCGGAGAAAUUCCUCAAGUUCGGCAUGUCGCCCUCGCGCGGUGUCCUGUUCUUCGGUCCUCCGGGUACCGGUAAGACGCUGUUGGCAAAGGCCGUUGCCAACGAGUGCUCUGCCAACUUCAUCUCCGUCAAGGGUCCUGAGCUGUUGAGUAUGUGGUUCGGUGAGUCGGAGAGCAACAUUCGUGAUAUCUUUGACAAGGCUCGCGCCGCCGCCCCUUGCGUUGUCUUCUUGGACGAGCUCGACUCAAUCGCCAAGGCUCGUGGCGGCUCUAUGGGCGAUGCUGGUGGCGCCUCUGACCGUGUCGUCAACCAACUGCUCACUGAAAUGGACGGAAUGACGUCAAAGAAGAAUGUCUUCGUCAUUGGUGCGACCAAUCGUCCUGAGCAGCUUGACCCUGCCCUUUGCCGUCCUGGACGUCUGGACUCUCUCAUCUACGUGCCCCUGCCCGAUGAGCCUGGCCGUCUCGGCAUCCUCAAGGCUCAGCUUCGCAAGACCCCUGUCUCCAACGACGUCGACCUUGGCUAUAUUGCGGCCAAGACCCACGGCUUCUCCGGUGCCGAUUUGGCCUUCAUUGCCCAGCGUGCCGUCAAGAUUGCCAUCAAGGAGGCCAUCACUGCUGACAUUGAGCGUACCAAGGCUCGAGAGGCUGCUGGCGACAACGACAUGGAGGUGGACGAGGACGCCGAGGACGCCGUGCCCGAGCUGACCAAGGCUCACUUCCAGGAGGCUAUGCAGAUGGCUCGCCGCUCGGUCACUGACGUCGAGGUGCGCCGUUACGAAGCCUUUGCCCAGCAGAUGAAGAGCGCCGGCCCAGGCGCUUUCUUCAAGUUCCCCGAGGGUGACGAGGCCGCUGCCGGAGGUGAUUCAAACAAUGCCUUUGGCGAUGCCGGUAACGACGACGACCUCUACAACUAAGCGAAGGGUGCAUGCAUGUUGGGGGAUGAGGAGACUCAAUCUUUUGUAUUCUACACUUACGCGCGAGACCAUACGCACUGACGUCCGUCGGAACGAGGAGCAACCUUGUCACGCUGGAGUUGGUGCGCUGGGAGGUGAACCACGGCGGGCUAUGCAGGGUACCCGCAGACGAGGUCACCUAGUAUGCAGAUUGAGGUGCUACAUAAUUCGGUAGACUGGACUUCAAUGAUAGAAAUGAAUGAAAUUCACGAUGCAUUUACUCAAACCAA